AUUCCUUGCUGCACCCUCUGCCCGCAUUGCCAAUGGGGCAGAGCUUCCCUGAGCCCCAAAAUGACAGCAAACUGAGGCAGGAGAGUGCUGAGCAAGAGCUGAGGAGCCUUAAACACUGCUCGGAGGCUUUGCAGAUGCUGUGUGCUCCAGCCAGCCCAGCAUUCCCACCUUGGAUCGGGAAACACCCCUGGAUGGGGAUUAAACCCCCAGCACAGCAGCUCUGCUGGGCUCAUCUGACCCCCAGGGGAAGACAGGAUGGCCUCGUAGAUCCCGCCGGGCUCCCUCCUGCUCCGCCUGGACCAAGAGGACGGGCCGUGACCAGCCACGAUGAGAGCUCCGGCCCUCGCCUGAUCCCUUUCCUGCUGAUAAAAAUGAUCAACAAGUCUCGAGGGAAGAUACUCGGGGUGCUGGCGCUGUUUCUGGUGAUGGUUUGGUACUCGAUCUACCGGGAAGACAGGUACAUACAGCUCUUUUAUUUCCCUGUGCAAGAAAACAACAAGACAACGUGUCCCCUUGGGGAGGUGGAAAAGAAAGCGGCGCAGCUCAUUGGGAACUACACGAGGGACCACCCACUGUUCUUGCAGCUGAAGGACUAUUUUUGGGUGAAGACGCCGUCGCUCUAUGAGCUGCCCUACGGCACCAAGGGAAGUGAAGACGUCCUCCUGCGCCUGCUGUCCAUCACCCACUACUCCCUGCCUGAGAGCAUCCAGAGCCUCAAGUGCCGGAGGUGUGCCGUGGUGGGCAACGGCCACCGGCUCCGCAACAGCUCCAUGGGGGACACCAUCAACACCUACGACGUCGUGAUCAGGCUGAACAACGCCCCGGUCCAUGGUUAUGAGCAGGACGUGGGCUCAAAGACCACCAUGCGCCUCUUCUACCCGGAGUCGGCCCACUUCGACCCCCGGACCGAGAACAACCCCGACACGCUGCUGGUGCUCGUGCCCUUCAAGCCCAUGGACUUCCAGUGGAUGGAGGCCAUCCUUAACGACAGGAGGAGGGUUCGGAAGGGGUUUUGGAAACAGCCCCCGUUGAUCUGGGAGGCCAACCCGGAGCAAGUGCGCAUCCUCAAUCCCUACUACAUGGAAGUAACUGCUGCUAAACUGCUCAACCUCCCCAUGAAGCAACCACGGAAGGUCAAACAGAAGCCCACCACGGGGCUGCUGGCCAUCACCUUGGCACUGCACUUCUGUGACCUGGUGCACAUUGCGGGCUUUGGCUACCCCGAUUCGGCCAACAAGAAGCAAACCAUCCACUACUACGAACAGAUCACGCUCAAGUCCAUGGCCGCAUCGGAGCACAACGUGUCACACGAGGCCGUGGCCAUCAAGCGGAUGCUGGAGCUGGGACUUGUCAAGAACCUCACCUACUUCUGAGGGCGGUGGGGCUGCACAGGGACACCGUCCCCAGGGCGAGGAGACACCGUCCCCUUCAGUGAGGGGACACCGCGCUGCCAUGGCCGGAGUGACCGAGGGCAGAGCAUCGUUGUCACCGCCGCCACCACGCCCUGGGACUCUGGG